AUGGACGAGAAGCUCUUCGAGUAUUCGGAUGGCCAAGGCUUAGACCAGUACGGCUCCAACAUUACACAUGGUGCUAGCGAGUCCAAGAGAAAAGCUCGCAACGAAGCGUACCGGAGCCCGUUUAUCACUCCAGGUCUGAUCGAAUUCCUGCAAGCAGGUCCGUUGCCAUUGCCUCCCAGGACUAAGGAGAAGGAACUUCCAGAGGAGCCAGUGGUCCAACAAGAGGAGGCUGCAAAGAAGGAGAAGAAACCCGGAGCUGCAAUGCAGAUGAUCACCAAAUUGAAGUGUCUUGGAAGAUCAUCUACUGAUUCUAACAAGAGAUCGACUGCGGCUGACCCGUACAAGAACUCUUUGGAAGGUGGGUCACGGCUGGUCAGAGAGUCUCAAGAGGAUGCAGAAGAUGAUGAAAUACACGCCCUGUUCCCUUCUGGAGCUGUCCGCCCUCUUGAAUGUCCAAAACUGAAGGCUCGCCUUGACCUCGCUGUCGGGAUUCCGAGACGAAACACCGCCGAGGAUGAUCCAGACGCCCCUCUCUCUGCCAUCGCCAUUGCUCGGCACAGAGGUGAAGCAGCUAGAAUGCUUGAGGGCAAAACAGACCGAGUGUUCAGUAUGAUGGCAUUUGCUUCUCCACCUGCUCAGUCUUAUCCUGAGAUUGUUGGAAGCUCGCUUGUUCACGGAGGCCUGUUGGAUUCAGGUCUUGGUAGCUCCGAGGAGCAACCGAAUCAAUCUGAUGAUCGGGUCAUGAUUCAACGAUUCCAUGAAGUCGAGGAUACCAUCCGGGAGAUCUGCGCAGCCGAUGCUCAUUUUGAAGAUUGGAGAGAAUACAUGCGCUGUUACUCCGAGGGUCGGUACAAUUUGAGCAAUCCCCCACCCCACCCACCGCUCAAACCUGGAUUUCAGUAUCUGCCUUCCGUCAUGCCCCCGAGUGAGAGUGUUCGGUUGCACACGGCAGACAAAUACGAUCCUCUCUGGCGAAAUUGGAAUCAAGAAGCUGCAUCCUCAAUCAUCCGAGAUGCGAUGAAAAUCUUUGCCACCAAAUGUGUGUCAGUGAGCUUCUUUGACGAGAUCGGAGAGAUCUUCUACGCCGAACGCGGAUACAGCCAAACACAUGUCCCUCGCAACCAGAGCAUUGCCGCCCAUUGCUUGCUCUCACAGAACGUACUCGUGGUACUUGAUACUAGACAGGACUGGCGCUUUGCGGGUAAUCCUCUCGUUAUUGGAAGACCCAACGUUCGAUUCUUUGCCGGUGCUCCUAUGAUGUCUCCCUGUGGUCAGGUAUUAGGGGUCUUUUCCAUCUUUUCGUCGCGUCCACGGACGUUCUUCACACACUUGCAGCGUCAAUCACUCGCAGAUCUCGGCGUCAGGUUCAUGGCAGAUCUCAACUUGCAGAGACAGCGGAGCUACCGUACAACUCCUCUUCUCGACCGAGACUCAGACAUCGAGAUUCCUCAGAUGCCAAAGGUGAAGUCCGUCAUGAGUUUGACUGGGGUAGAAUCUGAGCUGGUACCACCCGCUCUCAGUUACCAGAAAUCAAAGACCCAACUUAGCAUCUCUGGACCGAACCAUGAUUCCAAUCUGUGUCCCCUGACUCCGCUCGAGCAGACACCACCAUUGUCGGAAGACGAUUCGAGCGAGAUAACCCAGGACAAGGACUCUCUCCCCCGAAGCCAUUCCUAUGGCGAUUUCGGAAACCCCACCCCACGUCCUUUCUCCUCGUCAGAUCUAACUUCUCUUCAUCCCCAUCCACCUAAUACGCCAGACUUCUCUCUUCGGAGUGAGGAUUACUCUACAAAUCCGAGGUUCGAGCUCACCCAGGUGGACUUCGUGAAGCGUACUACUCGGAAUUUUGCUGAACGUUAUGAGUCGAUACAAUUCGGCGACCAUGCUUCUCCUGCUGAACAUGCUGGUCGUGACAAACGCAAAGGAAGGACAGUCGAGUCUGUAGAGUACUCGUCGGCUCGCUCGCAUCGUCGAGAACCUAGAGUUGAUAGCAAGUUCUCGAAGGCCAAGAUGCGUGCGCAGCAGGUAGGUUUUGGUCGAUCUUCAGAUGGAGAGGAUCUAUCUUCAGGCCACGUCAGCAGCUCUGGUGUUGGCUCCAGCAUGACACGUCAAGAACUGUCACCGUCCCCAAUUGCAUAUCGGUUCUCGGUAAAUUCAAGCAGUCCUCUGAUUGAGUACGGACCUCCUCCUCAUGUGAUUCAAAAAUCCCGGCAAGGAGCCCAGGAGGUAACGGGCAGCUAUGUGGAGUCUCAAUCAGAGUCGAAAAGAAGUUUCUCUUCCCCACCGGUUAAUCAACCACUCCCCUACGACACCAAGGAGGUCCUAGAAGAGGUAAAGCUUGCUUGCACAGCACAUGCACAGGUCCAUGGUUACGAUCUUCUGUACGCUGUUGAGAUUCGCCCAAUGCGCCAACUUAUGACCGAAGAAGAACUUCUCGCUCCGAACGGCCUCGUCACAACUUUCAAAGCCGGCUACGGAGACACCAUGGGAAUUGAGUUCAGUUCGGAAGUUUGGCUUGCUGGCCUUCGAUCGAAGGUUCACCCGUACUCCAGUUCGAGGAUGACCUGCCAGAGUAGUGGCUACCAGUCUGGUAACUUCAUUCCCCUCAUGGCCGCGGAUGGUCCACCUGGUCAGGAGACUUGUGGGAUUGUGAUGGUUGCCCUCCGAUACUCCGAAAUUUCUCAAGGUGUCAAUAAAAUCUCGGCCGUUGAUUCCCACAAGCUCUACGCGUUCGCCUUCGCCCUAGAGAGAAUCCUGAUGGGAGAUGCGCAAAUGAGCGAUACCUCACCAUGCACUCCGGCAGACGAGCCCAAUCACGUUACAGCAAGAGAUGGUCCUUCUGGUGUCCACUGUCAUAGAAGAAAUCUGGAUUCUUACGUCAAUGGUUCUGUGUAG